GAGAGAGAGAGAGAGAGAGAGGGGUUUAUCUAACUUUUCUCUGCCAGAAUCGAAGGAAAAGAAACGGGAUAACGCUAAGGCCUCCUUACGAUUACACGAAAAAGAAAACCAAACACAGCCCAAUUUCUAUAUCUUCAAACCCCCUUUUAAUUUUUUUUUCCGUAAAAUUUUCUUUCUCCUUCCUUUUCGGUUUUCUCGGCGACCAAACACCGGCUUUUCCAGGAUUUUGGAGUUUAUAUGUUUAUCUUACUUUUAGGAGUUUUCGAAGACGGAUAAUUGAGGAAUGGCAUCCCAAAUUCGAGAAUGGUCAGGGAUAAACACCUUUGCCCCUGCUACUCAAACCAAGCUAUUUGAAUUGUUGGGAAAACUCAAGCAGGAGGAUGUGAACACAUUGACGAUACUUGUGAUGGGAAAAGGUGGUGUUGGAAAGUCUUCCACUGUAAACUCAAUUAUUGGAGAAAGGGCAGUUUCUAUUAGUCCUUUUCAGUCUGAAGGAACAAGGCCUGUGAUGGUUUCGCGGUCAAGGGCAGGAUUCACUCUGAAUGUUAUUGAUACUCCUGGACUCAUAGAAGGGGGAUAUAUAAAUGACGUGGCACUUGAUAAUAUAAAGCGCUUCCUUCUGAACAAGACCAUAGAUGUUCUACUCUAUGUGGAUCGUUUAGAUGCAUAUAGAGUGGAUAACUUGGACAGGGAAGUUGUCAAAGCAAUUACAGGUAGUUUUGGGAAAGGAAUAUGGAAUAAGGCUUUGGUUGUACUAACACAUGCUCAGCUCGCACCACCAGAUGGUUUGCCUUAUGAUGAGUUCUUUUCAAAAAGAUCAGAAGCUCUUUUAAAAGCUGUUCGUCUUGGUGCUGGAUUGAAGAAAGCUGACGUGCAGGGUUCUGCAAUUCCUGUUGUUUUGGUUGAGAAUAGUGGGAGAUGUAACAAGAAUGAAGCUGAUGAAAAGGUUCUUCCAAAUGGGAUUGCUUGGAUUCCUCACCUGGUCCAAGUGAUCACAGAUAUCGCAUUGAAUGGAAGCAAGUCUAUUUUUGUUGAUAAGGCUUUGAUUGAAGGGCCAAACCCAAAUGACAGAGGAAAGUUGUUAAUUCCUCUAAUCUUAGUGAUCCAAUAUUUCUUUGCCAUCAAACCAAUAGAACGAGCAAUUAGAAAUGACAUUGCAAAGGAGAGUAGACCCUCAUGGGAGUUGCGGGAUUCAGACAAGUUUAGUCGCAAGUUUUGAUUUGGCGAUGAGCCAUUUCUUGUGAAAAUAUCUUGAAAUUACACAUCUCUGGUUUUACUGCAGUAGCUAUAAUAUGCGGCUGUGGAUUUUAGGUCUUUUGGAGAGAAUUUGGCUGUGGAUUUUAGGUGUUUUGGAGAGAAUUUGACGUUUGUACUCAAGACUUAAUAUUCUACACUUGGAUUCUUGAUUUUGCUAUUCAUAUUAAGUAUUUGCUUCUCUGCUUUAA